AGCAGCCAUAGUGUCGCAUCGCAGGUACACAAGUCGGGUAUACUCGUCAGACCCGUAUGAACAGUAUUUAAAUUAAUACCCAAAUCGGUUUUGGAUCGGUGAAUCCCUUUUUACGAACCUCGUAUAUCGGCUCCUUGAUAGCCCUAGUCCUGAAUCCUCCAAUUUCAAUGUGAUUUUGCACAACCCCUAGAGAGUUAGGGUUAAUGUUUAAAAUGCUGUAUACGUUAAUCAAUCGUAUCAAACUCCUCAUUUGGAUGACGACAUGCGCUGAUCAUGUUAUUGUCACAGCGUGCCCCCAAGGUUGGUACCAAUGGCAUAACUCGUGUUACAUUGGACUUGAAGAAAAGCUGACUUGGUUUGAUGCUAUGACGACUUGUCAGCGUCCAGGGGGUGGUCUUUUUGUGCCCAACCAACGGGAAGAACAUGAGUUCAUUAUGAAACUACGUGACAAAGUGUUCAGCGAGUUUGAUACGAGGCAUCUUUGGAUCGGGUGUGAUAUCGUCGACGGGAAUCGAAGGUGUGCUGGAAGGCAAAACGCAAACAGCGUGUACACCAACUGGGCGAGCGAUGGUGGCAACGAUAGGAUUGGGCAAUUUUGUAUUGCAAAGGGGCCAUAUCAGGAUGGGGAACUUUACCUAAGUGACUGCUAUGCGCGUAAAUGUGUGAUGUGCGAAAUGCCUUGCGUUGUGCCGUCUUACUGCGCAUCGCUGGGAACUGACGGCCGCGUGGCACCGUGUCUGCACGGUCAUGAGAUCAAGAACCUGACGGUCCAGGGAGUCAGCGAGUGCGGCCAGGCCUGCUGGGCCGAGCCCCGAUGCCGCUCCUUCAAUCUCUGGCAGGGAGGUCCAGCCAAGACCUGCCAACUCAACGACGUGACGAGCAACGAGGUAAGCGCUGAUAACCUCACUGAACAGGGAAAAUGUACCUUCUUCGAAUUGUAGAUGCACAUUUCAUCACGAAAUUAUUUUCUCCGAAAAUGCACACGUCGGAUUGAUUGAACCAGUAAAUUAUUGCUUUGGACUGGCAUAGAAACUAUUUUUUUUUGGAAAGAAGUAUACAGAAGUUUAACCUUAACUUUCAGAACAAGCUCCUUUGUUUGCAGUUUUUGUCCCUCCACAUCAGUGAUGUUCUUUUUAAAGUUAAUUGCAUGGUUGUGUUCUCACCAAACAUGUCCCUUUAUGAUG